GGUGUGGGUGCUGUACACUCUAGGACCACUGGUGUGGGUGCUGUACACUCUAGGACCACUGCUGUGGGUGCUGUACACUCUAGGACCACUGCUGUGGGUGCUGUACACUCUAGGACCACUGCUGUAACACAAAUAUAGAUGGUAUUGAUGAACUUCACAACUUCACAACAACAUGGAAAUGAAUUUUAGAAACAAAAUUGUUUUAGCUGAUAUUCAUCAUUAUUAUAUAUACUGAACUCCUUUUGUGGCAGUACAGCAAUUGAUGUUUUAAAGUUUAUUAAGAGCACUUACAUUUCUUUACAACUAGCUGGUCAAAAGCAAUUGAAAGUUUGUUGAACUUACUUUGUCUUAAAUUUCAUAAUGGGAAUGUUUGAUAAAUUAGCUUUUGCUCUUGGCUUGAAGAAGAGAGAAGCAAGUGUACUGGUUAUCGGCCUUGAUAACUCUGGCAAGUCUACUAUGCUUAAUCAUUUCAAAUCUGACGAUCAGAAGAGCACAGAAAUUGUGCCAACAGUGGGCUUCAAUGUUGAGAAAUUUAAAGCAAAGAAUGUGGGAUUCACUGCUUUUGACAUGUCAGGCCAGGGUCGAUACCGAAGCUUGUGGGAGCAUUACUACCAUGACUGUCAAGGAGUUAUCUUUGUGGUAGAUUCCAGCGAUAAACUGCGGCUAGUUGUAGCCAAAGAUGAGCUGGACAUGUUAUUACAACAUGCUGAGAUUCGCAAUCGCCGUAUCCCCAUUUUAUUUUUUGCAAACAAAAUGGACAUGCGUGAGGCAGUGAGCAGCGUUAAGGUAUCAGCAGCUCUAGGUUUAGAGCGAAUUACAGACAAGCCUUGGCAUAUUACAGCUUCAAAUGCCGUCACAGGAGAUGGUCUACAUGAAGGAGUGGAAUGGCUCACCAAUCAGAUUAAAGAAAACUUUGAAAAUAUAAAUAAGCGAUAAUUUUCAAAGAAUUUGUUGGUCCUUAUACUGGUAAGAAAUUAUAAACUAUUACAUUACCAAUAGUAAAGUUUCAUAAUCUGACCCAUCAUAAAAUAAUUUAAUAGCCCUGCUUUUUCAAAUAUUCUUGGUUCCAGGCUUAAAACUGCAAGUAUUAGCAUUAUGUUUAAGAAAAAAUACAAUAUAGGUAAAGGUAAAGAGAAGCUAGCCAAUAUGCACUCACACAUUCAAGCAAUUUUAUCCCAUAAUGUGCUUGGCUAAUUCCUUCCAUUGUAGCUUAUUUUACCUAGCCUAUAUAUUGUGCCUAACUUGGUACAGUAUUGCUACAAUAGUGCAGAAAUAUUAGACAAGAAUAUAUACAGGAAAGUAGAUUUCUUGUGCUUGCAGUGACCAAGGCCAUGUUCCUUGCUAACAAAAUGUGAGAAUUUUCCGUCCUUUAAAGGUUAAGCAGAAAGCUAAAUAUAUUUUUAUCGUUUAUUUACAUAGUUUGGGGAGUUCUAUGACUGAAAUGUCGUCUUUUCUUCAUCUUCUGGCGUGUGGUUUGGUGGUCAUAUCUUCAGCCAUGUUAAUGUGACUCAUUGUCUGCAUCAGCAUACAACAAUGGCAAAGAAAAGAUGAUAUUUAAUUGUACAGUAAAAAGGAACCUCGGGUGACGAGCAGCCCCAUCUACGAGCAUUUCAGGUAACGAGCAAGCCACUCAAAAAAUUUGUAUCGAUUGACUAGCUUCCACUCGGUUGAUGAGAAAAUUACAUGGUGCUUCCUAGCGUUCCUGCUGGUUCUCGCAAAUUCUCGGAUGCCUCAGACAACAGUAUUGUUAUUUUAUCGUUCAGGAUAAGCACCCCUCUGCAUUUAUUUAUGCCUUUCUUUGUGGUUUUGUGAUUACAAUUUGUAACUCACGAUGUCACCAAAAAUAGUGUUGUCAAGAGGAAGAAAGACACUGUAGAUUUGAAGAAGGAACUCAUAGCAAAGCACAAGCGUGGUGUUGUGACUGAUCUUGCCAGGAAGUAUGGCAGGUCCUCAUCAACAAUCUGCAUCAUCUUGAAGAGGAAGGAAGAAUUUAAGAAGCUUGAUGUGGCUAAAGGAGUUACCAAGCAACAUCCAAAUCCUAUAUGAUAAAAAACUACUGUUGGUCUGGAUGAGUGAAACGCAAUUAUGUGGUGAUAUAGCACAAACAAUAGCUCUGAAGCUAUUGUGCUAUAAAAUUUCAUACUGAUGUUUUUCUGGGGUGGAACAGAUUGUCUUUCCAUUAAUAUUUUAAAUGGGGAUAUUUGUUUUGCAAGAUGAGCAUUUCACAUGAGCUCGGUGAUGGAACGGAUUAAAUUCAUUAACCGAGGUUCCUUUGUACAGUAUUUACAUUGAGAGAUUACUUUGAUAAGGAUUUUUUUAGCAUUAUGUCAAAGUGAUCAAACUAUUUAUCAGAUUUAUUUGUUUUGAGUAAUAUUAGAUGUUAGAAGCCAAAAACAUUAUUCAAUUUUAAUAAAUAUUAAAAGACGUGCAAUUACAGUAGAUGCAUGCCUAUUUUAAUGCCAUUCUGUAUGUUGCUGAUCUGUUAUAGCAGCAUUUCCAGUUUCAUUCCAGAGGUAAAUCCUUGCCGAGGAAAAUUACCUGGAGCUCAGAACAUUGUUGGUGCUUGAAAAUGCAAUUGGCUACACUGUAUUAAACAGCCUUCAACCAAUGGAUCAUAAUGUCAUUUCAAACGUAAAGCUUUCCUCCAUUAGGGAACAGAUGGAGACUGGUGGUAAAUAUUAAAUAAGCAGUUAGUCAAGGAUUGGCAGAAGUCCUUUGACAUUAUGAAUGGCAUUAGAAAUUAUAUUUUAAGCCCAGAAGGUAGAAACAGCCAACUGCAUGAAUAAUAAUUUUUUUUUUCCCCUACCACAGAUGUGAAAAUUCAUUUACAGUGGUAACCAGCAUAUACUGUAAACAUUUUCUUGUGUCCUUCAUGGACAGGGUUAGAGGUCUGUUAGCCAUAUAGUCUAAUGAAGUACUGUAUUAAGCACUGGUGAUUGAAGUGCUCUUACAAGGCUAACCAGCAAACAUACAUUCUUGUCUGUUCUACGUACAAGGUUAGAGAGCUGCUACAGUACAUGAGUUAUUGGUCAGAGGCAUGUCAUGAUUACUUUUGGCAGUAUUUCUGGUCAAAUUAUCGAAGGACAUUACCUUUUCUUGAUCCCCAAGAUUUCAGCCUGGGGUUACUGGUAGACAGCACUAAUUUUUAAUAUUAUAAUUUAUAUAACUGAACAUAAUUUAAUGUAUUUAUUUUAGGUUUAUUAGGUUUAUUAUUAUCUAGAUCCCAAGAAAGCAUUCCCCAGUUUUAGGUGAGGUGAUGUGUCUACUGUUUAUACAGGCAGCCCUCAAUUUGAGAUGAGUUACAUUCCUGCACAAAUCAUAAAUCAAACUUCAAAUGUGUUAUGGAAAAAUUAGUUAGGUUCCAGGUUCCUCCAAAAGACAAAUUUUGUAUCACUCUUUACUUAACACCCAAUUAACAACCCUGUGCUAAUAUUGAAUAUUCCUUCACUUUCUAGCUACAAAUUUAGCACACAGUGAAGUCCAGAAUGCUUGGAGAUUUGCAAUAAUGCAUAAAUAUAACCACAAAGGUUUGUAAAACACAAGAAUAAAAGCCCGACUUAAGGUCAAGGAUAGAGCUGGUUGUCCCUAUUGUAAUUCAUUCCCAGGUCGAGUAACUUCAAAAUCCACCUGUGCGUGUUUGAAGCUGAUGUAAAAAAUGCUUAAUUCCGAGUCUGCACAUUAAUUAAAAUAUUAUGGAUUUUUGGUGCAUUAUACAAAUUAAAGGCAAAUGAAGUCUCCUAUUUAUGCCUCAUUAUUAAACAAAUAUUUUAAAAUAAUUUGAGCCAAAACCAGUUUGGCAGCUUAGUCCUUAAAGCUUGACUGUGCUCUUAGUGAUGAAACUCCCAAGGAUAAGAAUCUCUUCUAGUCAGUAAACAAAGUACAGUAUACUUCUAGUCAGUAAACCAAGUUAAGCUGUACUUCAUCAGUAAGCCAAGAGUAUGUCUAGUCCCCACCCCCCCCCAAAAAAAAAAGGGACUGCACUUAUCAGGGUCAAUGUAUUUAAUUAGUAGUUUUGUAAAGCAAAAUAUUUGUUGCUUAAUGCCCAGAUACCUACAGUAAAAUUUAAGUAGGAUGUGUAUUAUCAAUAUAAACAUGCAAUGAAAUUGCCCGUAAAAGAUGUGCUGAUGUAGGAAAAAUUGCAAUUCAUGUGAAGAUGAAUAUAUUAGUAAUUGCAAUGUGUAUUUGCCUAAUGGUGUAAUGAACUAAUGGACCUGUGGCGGGCCAGAACCAACCAUGUUUACCCUUCACUGAAUAAAACUUCAGGAUACACUAAAGGUGGUACCUGCUGCCCAUCUUGCACUGCCCACAAAUUAAGUUAUAAAGCAAGUUACAGUUUGCAACUGGCAGGUACAGAAUGCUGACCACGUAUUAGUAAGAACUACUCUAUCCAUGUAUACUUACUAAUACAUGAUGUGUGUUCUGCUUUACAACUUAACUUGUGGGAUAGCCGAUGCAAGAUGGGGCAGCAGAUACCACCUUUAGUGUAUUUUGAUUGAGAUUUUAUUCGAUGAAAGGUAAGCAUGGUUAGUUAUGGCCUGCCCUAUGUCUUAGUUUACAUUCCAAGAUAAUUAAUACUGUGCAUUUACCUAAUGUAUUGACCAUCACAUAAAUUAUGAUUUUUUUCUCUAUAUCGACACGUCUCUUGCAUUCAUUUUCAUUGUGUAAUUUUUAUUAUACACUUAAUGAUUACUAUUAAAAUAAACUAAAAAAUUUACC